AUGAUCCCUUUCUGCUCUGAGACUGUGUGGCUCUGCCUGGCUGUCACUGUAGUACUGGGAGGAAUGGUUCUUUGCAAACUGAAGAGCCCAGGGCAGGUGGGGAGAAAGGUGGUCUGCUUGGUGGGCCUCUGGGGAGUGGCUUGCCUGCUGAGUCUGUCCCCCUUCUGGGGCUUGCUUCUCUUCUCCCUGUCAUGUUGCUUCAUGUAUACUUACUUAUCUGGCCAGGAGUUGUUAUCUGUGGAUGAAAAGGCGGUGCUGAUCACAGGUAGCGAUUCCGGGAUUGGCCAUGCUUUGUCCAAGUAUCUGGACAAGCUGGGCUUCACAGUAUUUGCUGGAGUUCUGGAUGAAAAGGGAUCAGGAGCAGAGGAAUUACGAAGAACCUGCUCCGAGCGCCUCUCUGUACUCCAGAUGGACAUCACCGACCCACAGCAGAUCAAAGAUGCCUACAGCAAAGUCCUGGAAAAGGUGCAGAACAGAGGGCUGUGGGCUCUGGUCAACAAUGCUGGGAUCCUUGGCUUCCCAGCCGAUGGGGAGCUCAUUCCUAUGAUCCACUAUAAACGAUGCAUGGCUGUGAACUUCUUUGGGGCCGUGGAAGUCACGAAGGCAUUUUUGCCUCUUCUUAGGAAAUCCAAAGGGAGGCUGGUGAACAUCAGCAGCAUGGCAGGAGGGGUGCCACUGCAAAAGCUGGCAGCUUAUGGGUCAUCCAAGGCGGCUCUGACCAUGUUUUCGGCAGUCAUGAGACAAGAGCUUUCCAGUUGGGGAGUUAAAGUCUCCGUCAUCCAUCCUGGAGGCUUCCAAACGAAUAUUGCAGGCACGAGUGACAUGUGGGACAGGCUGGAGAAAACCAUGCUGGACCACCUCACCCCCGACGUGCAGGAAGACUACGGCCAGGACUAUAUUCUUGCACAACGGAAUUAUCUCAGGAAAGUCAACACGCAGUCCCAGCCAGAUGUCUCCCCUGUGCUCCUGGACGUCUGGCACGCCAUCUCUGCUAAGAGCCCCUUUGCCUUUUACGCACCCGGGAAAAGGUCUUAUCUGUUUCUCUGCUUUUUUUCCCUUGUCCCUACUUGCAUAUUUGAUUAUUUUUUCAAACCGACUACACAUAACAUGCCCAGAGCUCUAAGGAUGACUAACUGGAAGAAUAAGGCCACAUAGACAAAUAUGUGUGAAAUGUUAUAGUCGUGGGAGACCUGAGCUUCCCAUUAAAGCUGUG